AUGGAGAAGGCGCCCUCGAUGCCGCUCGCGGGCAACAAGUACGCCCCGUUCACGGUCGGGGAGGGCCAGAUGGGCAGCGUGGGGUCCGCCGCGCUCAUGCCGGCGUUCCGCCUCGGGUCCGGCCUCUUCUGCAUGGGGUACAAGAGCGAGCUCGUGGACGACGACCCGACGCAGUACGCGGUCGCGCGCCCCAGCGGCAAGAUGGUGAAGGAGACGUCCAUCGUGGGCACCUUCCCACGCCCCGCGCAGCCCCUCGUCAUCUACGAGUUCGAGACGUGCCCGUUCUGCCGCCGCGUCCGCGAGGCCUGUUCGAUGCUCGACCUCGACGUCAUUUUCUACCCCUGCCCAAAGGAGGGCCCGACGUUCCGCCCCGAGUGCGUCGAGAAGGGCGGCAAGUCGAUGUUCCCGUACCUGGAGGACCCCAACACGGGCGUCGCGAUGUACGAGUCGGCCGACAUCGUCGACUACCUCUUUGAGAAGUACGGCGGGGGCAAGGGGACGGCGCCGGGGGGCCUCAACUCCGGCCUGAUGCCCUUCUCCGCGAUGCUCGGGCUCUCGGCGCGCGGCGGCAAGGGCGGCUCGUACGACUCCGCGGCGGCCGGCCCGGACCGCAAGACCAUGAAGCCCGUGGUGUUCUACGGGUACGAGGCCAGCCCGUUCGUCAAGGUGGUGCGCGAGCGGCUCAACGAGCUCGAGAUCCCGCACCUGUACAAGCACGCCGCGCGCGGGAGCCCCAAGCGGCAGCAGAUCUUCGAAGAGUACGGUGCGUUCCAGGUGCCGUUCAUCCAGGACCCCAACACGAACACCGCUAUGUUUGAGAGCACCGACAUCCUGGCCUACCUGGACGCCACCUACGGCCCCGGCGCGAAGAAGCAGGAGUGA